AUGAAUGCGAUGCAUACGACGCAAAAUGCAGUACACUGCCUUCUCAAGAUCAGCAAAAUACUUGGUACUGCUCCAAUUUCCUUCGAAGAUAAUAAGGGGAAAUACGUUGUUUCAAGUGGAUGCAAAUGCUACUCUACUUUGAUGGCUUCACUGAUUCUAAUUUUAGUAACUUGUGGUGCAGCUACACGACUGUCACAGCUGACUGGUAUUAUGGAUGACGUUGUGUUACGUAUCGACACAUACAAUAUUCUCCUCGGAGUUGUUACGGCUAUUUUCUUAAUGUUACGGAGCGUUACACUGAAGCAGAGAUACGUUGAUAUAUGGUGCAUGAAUCUGCUUUCAGUUGAUAUAUUUCUGUACAGAAAUAAUGAACCUGAAUACUUCAAAAUUUCAAGGCUUGUGAGACGAAUGUUAUUCGGAGUGGUACUUAUAUCAUUUAUAAUAUAUAGCGGAUUUAUAUUGAUACCAGAAUAUCGAUUUCAGUUUGACCUAUUAAUUCCACUAUAUUUUUGCUUUGGUCUGAGAAAUAUUGUCGUACUGCAGUUUUUUACGUUUAAUGUCGUCCUAUACCGAAGGUUUCUGUAUUUGAAUAAACGAUUGCUUGAAAUAUUUUGUUUUCGUUCAGAGUGCGAUCUUGACCGUAUAAUAUCACUGUUGCUGAAAGCAAAUACAAGAAAUUAUAUUUCAGUGUUUCCACACCAAUUGCGUUCUAAAGACUCAUGCCAUUUAUCACUCAGGGAGCGAUUAGAAUACAGGUUGACACCUAACAUGAGAUUCCCUACACAAAUGACGUUAAAAUUAAAGGGCUGUGUUCCCAUAUCUCAUAUACAAAAGGUGCAUUGCCUCCUACAUGACAUGGCAAGAUAUGUCACUGCCGGAUUUGGCGUACAGAUUGUCAUAGAGGUAACGUUUUCUUUCUUUAACGUUGUGGUGAAUACUUACAUUCUUGUAGCUCGCCUUCUUCAGAAAGAAGUUGUUUCGUGUGGCCAACCGGCAGGAAUGAUUUUGAUGGACUGUCUUCCCUGGUUGCUGAUGUCAGCUUCGCGGCUGGUCCUCAUAGCGUGUAGCAGUGAAGCGGUCGCCGAGCAGUCCAACCGCAUGCUGGAGCUGGUCAACAAACUGCUGCUGGUAUUGCCACAAGGGGACUACGAACACCACACGGCUCUGCAGAAGUUCGCCCGCCAGCUGCACUACAACCGACUUAGCUACAGCGCUGCAAGACUCUUCACCAUUGACAGGUCGCUGGUAACCAGCUGUGUGGCCACCAUCACCACAUACCUGGUGAUCCUCAUACAGUUCUCUAUGGCAAAGAUCACGGUGCAACAAAAUAACAAGUACAGUUGUUAA